AUUACACAAAAUAUUCUCAAAUUUUUCUUCUCUCGUUUUCACUUGUCAAAACACUGCAAAUCCUUUCUUCUUUUUCCUACACUUUCUGCCACAAGCUUUUUAUUCUUAUAAUAAUUAGUGUGUCCAGUACAUAUAAACAUAUUUUGUUUUCAUGGCUUCUGUUGAUGAAAAGGGAGUUAAUGAUGUGAGGACGAAGGAGGAGAAAGCAAUAGACGAAUGGCUACCGAUAACGUCGGACCGGAAUGCCAAGUGGUGGUACUCAACCAUGCAUAAUGUUACAGCCAUGGUCGGUGCCGGUGUUCUCUGUCUCCCUUAUGCCAUCUCUCAGAUGGGAUGGGGACCUGGUGUAACAGUAAUGUUACUGUCAUGGAUUAUAACAUUUUACACAAUCUGGCAAAUGGUUGAGAUGCAUGAAAUGAUACCAGGUAAGAGAUUCGAUAGGUACCAUGAGCUAGGUCAAUACGCGUUUGGUGAAAAACUUGGGCUAUGGAUUGUUGUGCCACAACAAAUUAUAGUAGAGGUGAGCACUUGCAUUAUCUACAUGGUCACUGGUGGCAAAUCUUUGAAAAAAUUCCAAGAAAUUCUAUUCCCAAAUGUGAAACCAAUCAAGCUCACCUAUUUCAUCAUGAUCUUCUCUACUAUUGAAUUUAUCCUAUCUCUCUUGCCAAAUUUCAACUCCCUCUCCUCUGUCUCUUCUGUCGCCGCUGUUUUGUCCAUAACUUACUCUUUUAUAGCAUGGACUGCCUCACUAAAGGAACACGCCAUUGGGAGUACUACUCAACUAGUUAGUUAUGGUACAAGAAGUGACAAAACUUCAGACAAUGUUUUUAUGUUUUUGAGUGCAUUAGGGAAUGUAGCAUUUUCCUAUGCUGGACAUAAUGUGGUUCUUGAAAUUCAAGCUACAAUUCCUUCAACACCACAAAAUCCUUCAAAGAAAGCAAUGUGGAAAGGAGUGUUCACAGCUUAUGUUAUAGUGGCUAUAUGUUAUUUGCCUGUCGCUUUCAUUGGAUAUUGGGUCUUUGGUAAUGGAGUUGAUGAUAAUAUCUUGCUCACACUACAUAGGCCUACUUGGCUUGUUGCAGCUGCUAAUAUUUUUGUCGUUGUUCAUGUCAUUGGGAGUUACCAGGUUUAUGCAAUGCCAGUGUUUGACAUGAUAGAGACAUACGCGGUGAAGUUAAUGAAAUAUAAACCUUCAUUUAUCCUUCGCUUAUUUGUGCGUAUGGUUUUUGUUGCAUUUACAUUGUUUGUGGGCAUGACCUUUCCAUUCUUUGGUGGUUUAAUGGGAUUCUUUGGAGGCUUUGCUCUGGCACCAACCUCAUACUAUCUUCCAUGUAUCAUCUGGCUUAUUCUCAAAAAGCCCAAAAGGUUUGGCUUGUCAUGGACUAUCAACUGGGUGUGCAUCAUAGUGGGUGUACUUUUGACUCUUUUAUCUCCUAUUGGUGGAAUGUGGAGCAUCAUUAAAUCUGCCAAGAGUUAUCACUUUUACCAAUGAUGCAUAAGCCAAUCUGAUUUUCUAGAAUUUUUAGAUUUAGAAUUGAUAGAAAAAAAAACAUUUGUUUUUAAUUAAUUUUAAUGUUUAUGCUGCUAUGUCCUGCCUGUUUAUUGUAAGGCAGAGAUUACAUAUUUUCAGUUUUAUAAGAACUUUUCAAAGUCUAUUUUAAGUAUGAAUAUUUGUUGAAGUUUGAAUUGUGAUA